AUGUCGUUUGCCCACCGGUUUGCCAACAAUCAACGUGCCAAUUAUGUUUUUGACGUUUACGUCGACAAAAGUGAUCGAGUGUGGCUAGUGGAUUUCAACGUAUGGAGCAUCCAAACCGAGGCCUUGCUCUUUUCAUGGGAAGAAUUGAUCGAUUUGCCAGUGCCACUAUUACUAGUAGACGACGACUCCUUUCCGGAACUGCGUGUGGUCGAAACAGCCUUGGAAGUGCGCCACGAUCCCUUGUCCUCUUAUCGGGCUCCCAUGGAUACCGUCACUUUGGCGUCAACGUCCAAUACAAUUGGGUGCAGUGGCGGUGCGGGCCCCAACUCGUUUGAAUCCUUCAUGGCCAUGUGCCAAAAACCAUCCGAGCGAACGGAUUGUGACGAUAGUACUAGUAGUGAUGAAGAAUGA